UUUAUAAAAAUUAUUAGAUCACGCAGAAAUUUGGUAAUAGUUUUAUUUUUGCUCUUUCUGUUGUUCCAUUACGUGCGAGAACUAAUUAAUACAUAUAAAUAUGAUAGGGAAAGAACAAAUGCAAUGAUAAUACACAAACUCAAUAUUCUAUCCCGGAUAGAGAAAGAAAAAGGUACAGGUUGCAACAUGCCCAAGACAGAUCCGUUCGCUAAAGAAGUAAUGCGUUUCAUGGAUGAAAUGGUUCCCGUAACUUGCAAUGAAAAAGACUGGGUCACUUGUGAUGGUGACCAAUGCUUUGUCGUCAAGGAUGUAUUAGAUGAAGUGCCAUAUAUAGAGUGCGAGUACAGAGAUAUUAUUUAUAUUAACGAUGACUACUACUACCUUGACAGUCCUAUCAAAUUAAGAGCUCAACAAAGGUUUAACUUCACUAAGUCCGAUCAUGUUAAAGUGACUUGCCUCGCAAACAAUCGGAAUCCUAAUCGCUUUCAGAUUCCAACAUGGAGUGGUCUUAAAGCUGGUUUCCGUCCCGUCUCAGUUUCUGUUCCACCUGGACGAGAAGAUUCAGUAAACGUUCUCAUAUUGACAUUUGAUUCCGUCUCGCACAAUCAUUUCCUGCGCAGUGUACCCCAAGCUUACAAAAUUCUGACUGAAGAGCUUGGUGCCGUUGUAUUUAACAAUUACAAUGUAGUUGGAGACGGUACACUAGCCGCUCUGUUCCCUAUUCUUACAGGGAAAACUGAACUGGAAUUUCCAGAUGUACGGAGGAAACUAAAUAAUUUCUUUCCCAAACAUCUCAAUCCAAUGGAUUUUUUAUUUGGUCAACUGCACAAAGACGGUUAUCAUACAGCGUAUUUCGAAGAUUUGCCUAAAGUAGGUACAUUUACAAAUCGCCUUAAUGGUUUUAGGUACCAACCGGCAGAUCAUUACCUCAGGUCUUUCUUUUUGGAAGAUUUUAAAAUUAAGCUGACAGAACAAGAGAAUUUCUUUUGUAUUGGUGCUACACCGACAUUUCGUUUUUUGAUGAAUCUUACGAGUAAUUUUAUUAUGCGAGACGGUAAACGAUUCGGCUUUGCAGUGAUUUCUGACAUAGCCCACGAAGAGCCAACAUUAUUCUCCUCAGUGGCAAACGACCUAUCCAAGCUCUUGAAAACCUUCAAAGCGAGCGGAAUUUUAGAAAAUACACUAUUCAUUGUUAUGUCAGAUCAUGGGUCCAGGUUUACCCCUUUAAGAAGGACAUAUCAAGGAAAGAUUGAAGAGCGUCUGCCGUUCAUGUCAAUAGUUUUACCAAAUAAACUGAAGAGAGCCCGACCCGAUGCUGAGACAUUCUUGAGAGCCAACGUGGACGUUCUCACAACACCGUUUGACAUUCACACGACCAUCCUAGACGUUGUGGGAUUGAAGCAUCUAAUUAAUAAUUACACUGUGUCUGGUUCUGAUUUGCCAAGAGGCAUGAGUCUACUGAAACCUAUACCAAAGUCAAGAUCUUGUUCAGAAGCUGAUGUUCUUACACAUUGGUGCGUGUGCUUGAACUGGACAGAUGUGUCUCCCGGUGACAAAAUUUACGAGCAAGUUGCAAUAGCACUGGCAAAAUUUAUUAACAAACUAAUAGCUGACAACGAUAAAUGUGCGACCCGUAGUCUUAUAUCCAUUGAAUGGGUGAAACGUGAAAAUGUGAACGAUCAAGUACUCAAGUUCAUAGAUGUCAAUACACCUUCUAUUGAAUUCUAUCAAGUCAAGAUAGUGAUGAGUCCAAUGUAUGCGGCAUAUGAGAGCACAAUCACUUAUUUAAGGCAUUUGGAUGAAAUUCUUAUAUCGGAACAACUUAUAUCUAGAGUUAACGCUUAUGGUCAAGAACCGAAGUGCGUUAUGAAUACACAUCCGCACUUGAACAAGUAUUGUUAUUGUAAGAUUUGUUUCAACAGCAUAGAUGAGUGUAAACCAAAAAAAGUGUUUUGA